AACAUUACAUUGCGUUACAUUUUUCGACAGAAAAAACAGCUUUUGGAUUAUAAUUACAUACUAGGUAUUAAUAAUUUAAUGCGUUCGAUUGUUUAUAACGUAUUGGAUUGACUAAUGAAUGCGAAUGAACGUAAUGCAUCAGUUUUGGAAUUCGAAGCUGAAGAAAAUCCGAUUAGAACAGUCAUUACAACAAAGAUGUUUAUUAGUAUAUUCUUAUUACUCAUUCCUAUUGUAUAUUUGAUAUACCAUUAUUAUGUGCAAUAUGGAUCAAUAGGACGACUUAUUAAUAAUAUACCAGGACCACCAGGUUAUCCAAUUAUUGGUAAUACAUUACUACUACUAGUUUCAAGAGAAGAUCUUUGGAAGCUUCUAAAGAUUUUAAGUGCCAAAUACUCUGUUUGGAAAAUGUGGUCAUUCUUUGAGUACGUGGUAUCUAUCAGACACCCCGAUGAUCUAGAGAAGCGAUCCACACUCUCCAAAGACUCAGAGGCAAAGUCAUAUUUACUACCUCCAAAAACGAUGUUGUAUGUUAAUAUCUAUGGAGUCCAUAGAGAUCCCAAUUUUUGGCCAAAUCCAGAGAUAUUUGAUCCAGAUAGAUUUUUGCCUGAGAAGAUCCGAAAUCGUCAUCCUUACUCAUAUUUACCAUUCAGUGCUGGACCACGUAACUGCAUCGGUCAACGAUUUGCUAUGCUGGAGAUGAAGGAGCUGAUUUGGUGAUCCGACCUAUUGAUCCGCAUCGCCUAACAUUUAUUCCAGUCGAAACAUAAACAUUAAAAGAUAUUUC